AUGUCUUUGACGUCAGAGUUCCGGGGCAAGCCUUAUGGGAUGCAGAACUACCGUGAGAAAUCACCAAAACACAACAUUGGCAAGCAGGACACUUUAGAGAACAACCCACUUCACGAUGCAUGUAGAAAGGGGGACCUGGGCCGAGUGAAACGCAUCCUGUCCCGGGGUGUGGUAGACGUCAACAGUAGAGACAAGAAGCUAGGGAGGACACCACUCAUGAUGGCCGCACAGAAGGGACACAGAAGAAUAUUUGACCUUCUGAUGAGAAAAGGAGCGAAUGUAACACUGGUGAAUGCUUACGGCAACAACAUCCUGCAUUGGGCUUGCUUAGGGGGACAUAUCGCCAUGGUGAGAUAUGUACUGUCACAAUACAGUGUUGAUGUUAACAGCAGAACAAAGGCUGGAUCAACUCCCCUCAUGAAGGCUGCAUAUUGUGGACACAGAGACGUGUCUGACUAUCUAGUGUGUAUGGGAGCUAAUAUAUCUCUGGUGGAUGAGGAUGGCGACAGCAUUCUUCACUGGGCCUGCAGAGGGGGGCAUGCGAAGAUGGUACAGCAUAUCCUGGCACAGGGCCUAGUGAACAUUACCAGUAGAGGAAUAUACGGAAGGACACCAUUAAUGAUAGCAGCGAAUUAUGGACAUAGAGAAGUGUUUGAUAUACUUCUGAAUGAAGGUGCUCAAAUUUCCUCAGUGGACAGUAAUGGUGACAACAUCCUACAUCUGGCUUCUUUUGGUGGAAAUGUGGAGAUGGUGAAGCAUAUCCUCUCUCAAAACCUGGCAGACAUAAAUGCCAGGGACAAGGAUGGGGAUACAGCGGCCAUGAUGGCACACCGUAAAAGACACCGUGCCGUAUAUGACCUUCUUGUGUCGAUUGGCUGUCCAGUGCAAUAA